AAACACCUUUGCCACCUACAUGAAAAUUAUGGACUAAAUGUCUGUGCUAAUGAUUGCAGCAUGACUUGGAAGCUUGGGCACAUAGAUGAACAUGGCUGAGCAGAGAAAACAAAGUGCCAGCUAGCUGGAGCUGUGCCUCACCCUGGGCAACAAUGCCAGCCAAUGGGACUGAGAGGCACUCCCUCGGGACCUUGAUCUGUUAUUAGUAAAGUGGUUAAAGAUUAUCUGAGGCAAAGCGGUCAGUGUGGAUGUCAGGCUGCAUGCAGUCAAGGCCUAAGUACUGAGCUCUACAAAGGAGCAAGGUGCUCUGCUGGCAUCAGGUCAUUCUUCUUCAAGAGAUGGAUUUCACAGAGCAAGCUCCUUUUCAUAUUGUCACCCCUCUGAAAGAGAGCCAUGCUUUAUCCAAAUUGGCUGGGACCACAGUUCUCAUGAAGCUGGAAAAUGUUCAGCCCGCAGGGUCAUUCAAGAUACGUGGGAUUGGACACUAUUGUCAGAAGCUUGCGAAGAAAGGCUGCACGAGGUUUGUCUGUUCCUCAGGGGGUAAUGCUGGGCUUGCAGCAGCUUAUGCUUGCAGAAGAUUGGCCCUGCCAGCCACCAUUGUUGUUCCACAGACCACUGGAGCAGAUAUUGUACAGAAGCUGCAGGAUCUGGGAGCUGACGUUGUGGUGACUGGAAAGGUCUGGGACGAUGCUGAUGCACAUGCUCACCAGCUGACUGAAACUCCUGGCAGUGUGUAUAUCUCUCCGUUUAACCAUCCUCUCGUCUGGGAAGGCCAUGCCAGCCUUGUGUGUGAACUAAAGGCUUCUUUGGGUUCUCAGAAGCCAGGUGCACUUGUGGUUUCUGUAGGGGGUGGCGGGCUACUUGCGGGGCUGGCUGAAGGGAUGAAGAAGGUGGGCUGGUCUGAUAUUCCCAUAAUUGCAAUGGAGACUAAAGGUGCCCACUGUUUGAAUGCAGCGCUUGAAGCAGGCAAACCCAUCAGCCUUCCAGACAUUACCAGUGUUGCCAAGUGUCUUGGCGCAAAGACAGUAUGUGACAGAGCCUAUGAGUGUACAAGGGAGCACAAAGUUAUCUCCAUUACUGUUGAUGACAGAGAAGCCAUUCGAGCUGUGGAAAUGUUUUUGGAUGAUGAGCUAAUGUUUGUGGAACCUGCAUGUGGAGCUGCCCUUGCUGCUGUCUAUUCAGGACAUAUCCAACGCCUGCAGCAGGAGGGAAGCUUGAAGACACCCCUUGACCCCAUAGUGAUGGUAGUGUGUGGCGGCAGUGGGAUCAGCAUUUCUCAGCUUCAACACUUUAAAUCCCAACUGAAUAUAAACUGACAACUCAAAUUAUCAAAAUCAAAUUAUUCCUUUCUUGUCUUUGCAUUUAUUAAUAGUAGCUUAACAUUAGAGAACCUGCCAGAGAUGGAUUGAGUCAAAUAGGGUAGUACAUUGGAGGCCCAUUCUUCUGCAACUGUUCUUUCUUUUAGAAAUAUGUAGGAUUUUGCCAUUGACAUACCAUAUAUGUUGGGAUUAACAAACACCUUAUUUAAAUAAAUUAGGCAACUAGAAAGGAUCAGACUUUAUAAAACAUUUGCGUAAAGAAUAUGUGCCGUCUUUGCUUGGUGAAUUGCUGUUAAGCCACAAGGGGGAGCCAGAAUACCUGAGGUUUUGCAGCAUCCUUACAAUGAUAGCAAACUUAGAUUUAAUUGUGUUCGAUCUUUGUCUCAAUAUUAACUUUAUUUCACACA